UACCAGAAGUGAAAAAAUUGGAGAGACAAAAGGUAGUCCUAGUGUCCUAUGAAGAAGAAGAAACGUUAUCAACUGGGUUCCUUUUCUCGCUUAGUGCUUAGGUCCAAAAUUGGAAUUUGGAAACUGCAAAAACCCACCAACCCUUUCUUCUUCGCUGUAAGCUCUGAGAAGUUGAGAUUUCAAGGAGAUUGACAGCCACUCAAUUUUGCCGCUAAUUACAGGUAUUUUAGGGUUCUUGGGCCUUGACUUCACAGACCCAAUUGAAUUUGCCGAUAUUUCAAGGAGAUUGACAGUUACAGAUUAAACAUAGAGAUAUGCAAGACCCUAGAGGACUUGAGGAAGCGUCAGCUUCCAAAAUGCGAAAAAAGAAAACAUCACAACAGAAGGCUCCAGUGCUGCAAAAAGAAGGGAAUAAGGCAAAAAGGAUACAAGAUUUUCAUGCACUGCCAAUUCAAAAUGGACUAAAACCCACCAAAAGAGUACCAUCAAACGAAAUUUCCCCAUUAUUCCAACAUACCGACAAAUCAACACCUGAAUUCUUGCCGGAUACUUCCACUUCCGGAAAUGAAUAUCGAGCAUUAAGGAGAAAGUAUUUAUUGCUGGAGGAGGAAAGUUUUGCUCUUGGUAAAGAAUUGAGUGAAGCCGAAGAUGAGAUUAAGGCCCUUGAAGAUGAGAAACUAACACUCCUUGAUGAACUUGUUGUGUUGGAAGGCCUGGUUGAUCCUUCAGACACUCAAUCCCAAGGCCAGCGAUUAUGAUGGUUUAAAUGGGUGUUUCAGUAAAUUGGGGAUAUAGAUACAGAAUUGUGUACAACUAUCCAAGUUCUGCUAGCAUAAAAUUGAGAUGUCAUUUGAUAGUGGAGAUUGUAGCAAUACCUUAUAUAAUAUUGAUUGGAUGUUUAUUGGGAA